GUGGCAACAGGUGAGUGUUUUUGUCUGUCAACUUGGCAACACUGAAUUUGAUUCUCUGUCGGAGGAGAAAGGACGUGCCUGCCGUGUGGCACCCGAUUAUUUCUCUAAUUUUUCAUCUAGACACUCAAAAUGGGUUUCGUCAAAGUCGUGAAGAACAAGGCGUACUUCAAGCGCUUCCAAGUCAAAUUCAAGAGGCGUCGUGAGGGUAAGACAGAUUACUACGCGAGAAAGCGUCUCGUUAUUCAAGUUAAAAACAAAUACAAUACACCCAAGUACCGUCUCAUCGUCAGAUUCUCCAACAAGGACAUCACCUGCCAGGUUGCAUAUGCCCGCAUUGAGGGUGACAUGAUUUUGUGCGCAGCUUAUGCUCACGAGCUGCCCAAGUAUGGUAUUAAGGUUGGCUUGACCAACUACGCUGCCGCUUACUGUACUGGCCUGCUGUUGGCAAGAAGACUGCUCAAAAAACUGAGCUUGGACGAAUUGUACAAGGGCUGCGAAGAAGUCAAUGGAGACGAAUACAAUGUCGAGCCUAAUGAUGAAGGCCCAGGUGCCUUCCGUUGCUACCUUGACGUUGGUCUUGUCCGCACGACCACCGGAGCCCGUGUUUUUGGUGCCAUGAAGGGUGCCGUUGACGGAGGCCUGAACAUCCCUCACAGUUUGAAGAGAUUCCCUGGAUAUAGUGCUGAGAGCAAGGAGCUGAAUGCUGAGGUCCACAGAAAUCACAUUUUCGGACAGCAUGUUGCUGACUACAUGCGCAGCUUGGCUGAGGAGGAUGAUGAUGCCUUCAAGAGGCAAUUCUCUAAAUAUGUCAAGCUCGGAAUCACGGCUGACUCCAUCGAGGGCCUGUACAAGAAGGCUCACGCUGCUAUCCGUGCUGACCCUUCACCAGCACCUGCGGCCAAAAAGGACGCAAAGAAGCCCGUAAAGAGAUGGAACAGGGCAAAGAUGACGAGACUCGAACGCAAGAACCGUGUUACACAGAAGAAGGCAGCCUUCAUCAAAAAGCUGUCCGAAGGUGCCGAGGGAGGCGAUUAAUUCGUCGCGCAUUUUUUGUGGAUUGGUUAAUAAAUUCACUAUAUUCAGGA